GACUGUUUUUACUGUCAAUAGUUAAAGGGAACAAACUCUUCACAAAUUUUCAAUAUUACUUAAAAAACUAAACUUCAAAACAGAAUAAGUCAUGAAUGAAAGCGAGGGAAAGGUUCAUUUCCGUGUAGUGCGCUUUAUAUAUGAAGCUGGUUUAAAGCUUCGAAUGAAAACAAUAUCAUUGGCAUCAGCGUGUGUACUGUAUCAUAGAUUCUUCAGAGAAAACAAAGUUGAUGAUUAUGAUCCAUAUUUGAUUGCCGCCACUUGCUUGUAUCUUGGUGGUAAGACAGAGGAAGAAGAGCAUGUUAAACUUCGAGAUGUUGUUAAUGUUACUUACAGAACAUUAAACAGAGAUAAACCUGCAUUAGAGAUGGGCACUACAUUUCAACAUUAUAGAGAUUCCCUGGUCAACUGUGAGCUUCAUUUACUGAGAAGUUUACAUUUCAAAUCUGUCGUAUACCAUCCACAUAAGUUUUUGUUACACUACCUUAAAUACCUGGAAGAUUGGUUUGAUCCUUUCACAUGGCAGUCAGUACCUCUGUCCCGCACCUGCUGGGCACUGCUGAGAGAUUCAUACCACUCACCUCUAGCUUUGAGGUACAAGCCUCAACACAUUGCUAUUGCUGUGAUAUAUAUGGCCCUUUUCAGCCAUGGUGUAGAGGUACCAUAUAACAGAGUAGCAGAUUCCCCAUGGUGGAAGGUGUUUAAGGAAGAUAUAUCAUUAAAUGAAAUAAAGGAUAUCAUAAAUGAAAUAGUGUUUACAUAUGACAUGGAAAGUACUCUACAAGCGUGAAACAAGCAGCACAUAAUUAUCAAACCACAAACAUCCAGUCAAGUGUUUGUAAACAUUGUUAAGGGCAGUUAACAAAAGCAAUCUUUGAAACCACCCUGUGUUACAGAUAAUUUCACUUGCAGUGAAACUUUAAUUCUUUAACCUGGAUAUAAAGGUUUUGCGGGUUUGUGUUAACCAGGAAAUAAAGGUUUCACAUGUUUUAAUAAUGCAGGAGAACAGAAGAAGUUUAAUGUAGCUUGUUUAUAUAAUAAUGAUACACCUUGCCAAAGUUUGAAUUUGGGACAGUCUACUGUAUGUUUUAGGGAUUUUUAUAUGAAAAUAGUAUUAAAAUUGGAGCAGUCAAAAGGAUAAAGUGUGCUAUGCCAGCCUGAAUAAAUUUGAAGGCCAGCCUUACUAUUACCAAGCCAGAAACCUUCAAGGUUGUUAUGUUUCAUUCAAUUUAACCUUUACCUACUGAAAUUGUAAAAUGGACUUAAGAAUUUUUAUUUUUAGAUCUGUUCAUUGUCAGUUAUGGCUCAGAACUAUUUCUGCAAUAUAUGUCUUUGAUUAGGGAAAACUCGUGGUAAAAAUUUAAAUUUAGACUAAUCCACCAACAGAAGAGAGCCUUGUCUUACCGUACAGACAUACAGAUUGGCCUGGCUAUAUACUAGUGGUAAAGGCCCAUCAGUUUUGCUACCAGCUGGAUCAAGGUUUAUUUAUAGCUGUGUUAUUUAUCUGUUGUUAUAUGUAAUGAGUAAUGAACUGUUAAUAUGAUUUUAAUACCAUUGUGAGCACAUGGUGAUCUAUGAUACAGAUGAUAUGAUAUAAAUAACAAACUAUUUAUUGAUAACACUUGUUUGAAUAAGUGUACACAGUUUUACUAGUAUCCUCUAAAAGGUCAUGAUAAAAAAGGUACAUGUGUAUUUGUUUUUGUCUAAUAUUUUUUAGCAGGAACAUUUUCGAUUUGAAUAAAUUGUAUGAAAAAAAAUUA